AUUUACCUCGCCGACCUUCCGCCACGCGCCUACCUGCUGGCUCACGCCCUCCACAAGCCCUCCAUCAUCCCAUCGACCACCUCCGCAACCCAUACCGCCCGAAUACUUUGUUUUGUGCAUACAAUCCCGUCCCUGGCCGUGAGCCAGCUCUUGUGACGCGAUGAAAGCCACACCACUGCUUGUUGCCUGGCACGACGAAAACAGCCCCAUCUAUUCUGCCCACUUUGAACUGCAGGGCAAAGGGCGCUUGGCAACUGCAGGCGGCGACGGCAACGUGAGGAUAUGGAGCGUCGAGAGCCACGGAGACGAGCGGAAGGUGAAGUACCUGUCGACGCUCAAGAAGCACACACAAGCUGUCAAUGUGGUGCGGUGGUGCCCUCGCGGCGAAUUGCUGGCCUCUGCGGGAGAUGAUGGAAACGUCUUGCUGUGGACUCCUUCUGAUAACCCAGCCUAUACCUCGGCCUUUGGCGACGAUGGACAAGAAGAUGUGGAGCAUUGGAGAGUCAAGACAAUGUGCAGGUCAAAUACGGGUUCCGAGAUAUACGAUCUGGCAUGGUCACCCGACGGCUUAUUCUUCAUCACUGGCAGUAUGGAUAACGUAGCGCGGAUAUACAACGCUUCAACUGGACAAACGGUGCGCCAGAUUGCAGAACACAAUCACUACGUCCAAGGUGUUGCCUGGGAUCCGCUCAAUGAGUAUGUUGCAACACAGUCCUCGGAUCGCUCCGUUCACAUCUACACGCUCAAGACGAAAGAUGGCCAGCCCUCACUCAGCCAACACAACAAAGUCACGAAAAUGGACUUGCCUGGACGUCGCAUAUCAUCCAACAGCCCUGCACCUCCAGACUUUGCCCUCGGCGGUCAUCGAGCUUCUUUUGUGCAGGAUCUGGCCUCGGAAGCGGCAGGAUCGCCGAGACCAUCUGCGCCGGGAACACCACAGUCGUUGGCUCUGCCAAUGAAUCCGCCGCCGACGUCGCACAGCCGACGGUCGUCCUUUGGUUCUCAGUCCGUGCGGAGAUCCGUUUCGCCUAGUCCGUCGAUGCCGCUCCCUGCGGUCAUGCCUUCAGCGUCGCCGAGCUUGUCGGGUAGCAUUGGAUUAGGUCUCGCCACGGGCAUCCGGAACACCAACAUUUACGCCAAUGAGACAUUCACGUCUUUCUUCCGGCGAUUGACUUUCACGCCAGAUGGCAGCCUUCUCCUUACACCUGCAGGCCAGUUCAAGACGAGUCAUCCAGCGCUCGAUGGAGGCAAAAGUACAGACGAAAUCAUCAAUACCGUGUACAUCUACACCAGAGCUGGGCUCAACAAGCCUCCGGUAGCAUAUCUUCCGGGCCACAACAAGCCCUCGAUCGCUGUCAAAUGCUCGCCGAUACUCUACCAGAUCCGCUCUUCGCAUGUAGAGACCAAGGAAAUCACCAUCGAUACCAGGACUGAAGAUGAUCUCCCCGCUCUACCAGAGCCGGUCAUGCCAACCAGAGCGCCAACGUCUCAUGCGGCAAUGGAGCCUCCGCCACUCGCAGGUGCACCUUCGCCUGCGCCCAGUGCAGGUACAAUGCCGUCGCCACGGACGAGAGCAGACUCGGAAUCGACUUCGACAACACCUCUACCCCCUCCAGGACCCGUACCUGCAUUUGGUCUGCCAUAUCGCAUAGUUUAUGCUGUGGCCACGCAAGAUGCUGUGCAUCUGUACGACACGCAGCAGCAGAAGCCGCUGUGCGUUGUGAGCAAUCUUCACUAUGCCACAUUUACCGACUUGAGCUGGACGGGUGAUGGCCAAACGCUUUUAAUGACAUCCUCAGACGGCUUUUGCUCGGCGCUGACCUUCGCUCCUGGCGAGCUCGGCGUCAUUUAUCAGCAGUCAGCGAAUACUACCAGUGCCAAACCUUCACCGGCACCCUUCCAAAUGGCAAAGGCAGGUUCUGCGGCAUCGACGCCGCUGGCAACAUCGACUGGUCUCGCUACUACGACAGCAUCCACAGGCACAGCCCCAGUAUCUACGAGCAACGGUAUUUCGAGUACGACAGCAAAGGCCUCACGCCCUUCGCCUUCACCAUGUACUGCUAUUACUGGCCAGAUGGGAGGCCGUCCAGCCAGCCCAGCGAGAAGCAUGUCUCAAUCGAGUAUAGCGACAGACGCCAGUUUUGCGCGUGUACCAGAUCAAAAUGCACCACCAAUCAUGAAUAAUCCAACACCGUCGCUGACACCGCUACCAUCGAUUGCGGCAGCCGGAUCAGGUCUGGGCAACCCGAGUAUGCCACUCUUUACACCGCCGCAAACGCCAGGACAAUCUGCAGCGAACAGUAGCUCCAUGCCCCAUGUGCCUGCUAUGGUAUCUGGUAUCAAAAGAGAGAGCAACGCCAGUAGUCACCCUUCUGAAUCAGAAGAUCAAGGUCGGGAGAAGAGGCGGCGAAUCGCGCCCACACAGGUCGAUACGGAAUCUGGUGCUCCGCCUCAUAGUGGAGUAUGAGAACAGAAACGCCCCCACAAUAACGUUGCCAUUUGUAUACUUGCGCCAGUUUUAGCCGGGCGUUCCGGGAGAUCCAGUCCCAGCACCGGAUUUUGAGCGUCGACAUUAGGGACCACCAGCGACAUCAUGAAAGAGUAGAAACCAAGAGUCGAAUGUAUGCCUACGCGUGCCUGUCGGAGCGGCAUGCGAGUUGGAGAAGCAAGAUAGAACUGUAGUGAUAGUGCGAGGACUCGCGAGAUAUCUAUUGGACGUUUGUAUCAGCAGCUGCAUGUGCUUGGCCAGCUUUUCAGCGGCUGGCCUGCAAUUUGCCCCUGCCCGGAAGUAACGACGAUGUCACCCAAGCGCAGUUGCGACGUUGGCGAGUCUGGAAUCACUACCUUGAAUUAUGUUCGCGCUUGCUGGCCAGGGAGACGCCGAUUCACAUUAUCAAGGUACAUAUAGUUCAAGGCACGCAAUCACGCAUUAUGAUCAGUCAUGGCAGCACAGAGCAUAUCCACGUUCGUUUCGGCAGUCCGUCCAUCUAAUCGAGCUUCUACCCCCGAAACUAUCGUUACCAUCCCUAAACCGCACGCGAGGAAUGUGGAAGCGCCGUCUGGCGCGAGUCCAAUAACCCGAUUUCUCGAAGCCAGUUGCAACGAGCCGAGUGCGUCUCCCUUCCCGCUUGGACAGAACGAUACCUGUCUGAGCGGCUUCUACUGCCCCAACUCGAAUGCGACCUUCCCUCCCCAGUAUUGUCCUCCCAGCAGCGCUUGCCAGAUUAGCCGCCUCUCGGGUUCAGUUUGCGACGCUCAAGGCAUACUCGAACCAGUUGUCUGCAAGUAUGGACAUUUCUGUGACAGGAAAGACAAUGGCAGAGUCCAGACUAUAUGCCCAGCCGGCCACUUCUGCCCUACUGGAAGCUUCGAACCACGGCCAUGCCAUUUUUGGGCAUAUUGCCCUCCAGGGAGCAUGCGUGAAGUCCAACUUGCACCCAUCUACCUAGUUCUCGCAAUCGACCUAUCGAUACUGCUAGCGAUCGGCAUUACGCACUGGAUCAACAGGCGUCAAAAGCAGCGACGAAAUCGUGCCAUGCCCCCUUCCCCGACCGACGAGGCGACAUGGGUACAGGCGGAUCGCGAAAUGUAGAACACAUCGCAAUCUGCCAAAGCUGGAGCAAGGAAUCAGCCUGCUCAAACAUGGCCGAAUCGUAGGGCCCACAUGCGAGCAGACAACUACGAUGGUUGUGUGGAUGAGGAUAGCCCCGCUCCAGAACAAGACGUUACCAGUAGUCCUGCCAUGCAGAACCUCAUACACUCGAUCACGACGGCUGUCACCACCUCGUUUGUGGGCCUCAGCUUCAGCUUCGAGAAUCUCACCCUGACUCUUACAGGCAGCAAGACGAUCUUGCAGGGAGUUACAGGCAACAUCGAUAGAGGCACCCUGUUUGGAAUCAUGGGCGGCAGUGGAGCAGGCAAGUCCACACUCAUGAACGUGCUGAUGGGACAACUGCGCGGAACGACGGGCAGUAUCAGGAUCAAUGGUCGCGAAGAUGAUCUGAGUCGCUACAAGAAAAUAUAUGGCUAUGUUCCGCAGGAUGACACCCUGCUACCAGAGCUUACAGUGAGAGAGAACAUCAUGCACGCGGCCAAGAUCAGAUUGCCCGCUGAGUGGACGCGGAAGGCGAUUGACAACCAUGUCAACGCCCUUCUCGACUGUUUGCAGCUCAGCCACGUCCAACAUUGUCGCGUUGGAGACCCUAGCCACCCUCUCAUCUCUGGCGGUCAGCGAAAGCGUGUCAAUAUUGGAAUCGAGCUGGCGUCUGCGCCCAUGGCCCUUUUUCUGGACGAACCGACUUCCGGUAACAUGCCCGCGAGUCGUUGGUGGGCUGGAGAAGACGCUUGCUGACUUCAACGCAUUGUCUCGUAGGAUUGGACUCACAAACUGCAGCUUCAAUCAUGCGACUAUUGCACAGAAUCAGCAGGAUUGGUAUUACAACGAUCGUGAUUGUACAUCAGCCACGGGAGCAAAUCUUCUACUUAUUCGACCAUAUAUUACUGUUGGCUCAAGGACAGACAGUAUACUGCGGUCCUACAGAACAAGUCCAGCCUUAUUUUGAGCGCAAAGGCUAUGCGUUUCCUGGCAAUGUGAACGCAUCCGACACAGUGCUCGACAUCGUUACAGGAGAUGGCGCCGUGUAUGCCGCCGGCACGGGUACCUCCACGAGCAUGCCAGCUUUGAUUGAAGCCUGGCAGACCAUGGGCCACCAUGAAGUGCAGCAGUAUCCUCCGGCUUAUUCCAAAGAAGUAAUAGGUAUUCACAAGUCUGAGCACGUUGACGAACAUAGUGAGCGUGAGCUUGAGACCGGCUUGCAGCGCACGAUAUGUAAAAGAGGUGCAGCAUGGCCGAUCCAAGUAUGGUACUGCUUCGAGAGAGCAUCUGUUCAGCAAACGCGUCAAAAAUCAUGCUUCAUCAUGGAGCUUGGUACUGCUGCGUGUGCUGGAGGUUUCAUUGGUCUAUCUACCUAUCCAUCAAAUGGCAGCCUUUUCGUAGGCCUCUUUCAUCCUCC